GCACCGCACGUUACUGAGAUGAAAGGAUCAAACGGGAAAAAGGGAUCUUCCUCCGGUGUGAUGAACUGGAUUAGUUCAGCUUGUCGGUUUGCAACAGACAGAAACGACUUCAGAAGGAAUCUUCUGGUGAACUUAGGUUUGUUUGCGGCCGGCGUUUGGGUCGCAAGAAAUCUCUCAGAUUUUGAUUUGUCUCCUCAGCCUGUGACAUAACCCGGUCAAGACACAGCAAAACCAAAACCAGGAUGAUGGUGUCUUGGACCAACAAUGAAGAAACAAGGGACGUACGAAUCUUCAUGAAAUAUCUAUACGACUAGUUAUGUUUAAAAACAUCUUGCUUACC